AUGACGGAGAAGCGCGCCUUCUCCGGCAACCCGCUGUCCACCAACAAGCCCGCCACCGCAAAGGACGGCCAGGUCUCGCAGCGCAUCAAGAACUUCUUCCGCAUCAACAGCAGCAUCGACACCCGCAAGCACUCGGACGAGGCCAAUGGCACCCCCACCCCCAAGCCAGACAAGUCGGGCUCGCGCCAUUCCCGCUUCCUGCCGCACAUUUCGCGCAACCGCUCCACCACCGUCACGAGCGAGGGCAACCCGCUCGACGACGCCGUCUCCCCCACCGCCCACGCCAACCCCUACUUCCAGCACCAGGGCCCCCCCGCCAUCCGCCACCACAAUGCAGGUAGCGUACCGUCCACUCCACCAGACACGCCUGGCGUACCAACCACCAAAGUAGAUGCCGCCAGCGGAGCAAACGACCAGGCCACCGCCGCCGGAAAAGAGGAGCUGGCCAGGAAGCUGCGAAGGGUAGCCUCCGCUCCCAAUGCGCAGGGCCUCUUCUCGUCGGGCAAGUCCGCUGAACGCCCGCAGACCGCCGAGCUCGCCAAGCAGCCCGUCCUGCUCCACCCCAACUCUUCCACCCUCAGCAUGGUAGAGACGCACCAGCCCGAUACCGACCAUCUCUCGCCCAUGGACACGUCCAAGGGCAUACCCACCCCCGGUCAGAUUCGCCAGUCGGUCGCCUUCCGGAGAACAUACAGCUCCAACUCGAUCAAAGUCCGCAACGUAGAAGUCGGUCCCGGCAGCUUCGACAAGAUCAAGCUGAUCGGCAAGGGCGACGUCGGCAAGGUGUACCUGGUGCGGGAGAAGAAGUCGAGCAGGCUAUAUGCCAUGAAAGUGCUGAGCAAGAAGGAGAUGAUCAAGCGCAACAAGAUCAAGCGUGCCCUGGCCGAGCAGGAAAUACUGGCUACCAGCAACCACCCCUUUAUUGUUACCCUAUACCACUCCUUCCAGUCAGAAGACCACCUCUAUCUCUGCAUGGAAUACUGCAGCGGCGGCGAAUUCUUCCGAGCCCUCCAGACCCGACCGAACAAGUGCGUGGACGAGGACGCGGCGCGUUUCUACGCAGCUGAAGUCACGGCUGCACUCGAGUACCUGCAUCUGAUGGGCUUCAUCUAUCGCGACCUGAAGCCAGAGAACAUUCUCCUGCACCAGUCCGGCCACAUCAUGUUAUCCGAUUUCGACCUGUCGAAGCAGUCUGAGCCCGGCGGCCGCCCAACCAUGAUUCUUAGCGGCCGCAACGGCACUUCGUCGAGCAACCUACCAACGAUAGAUACGAAGUCGUGUAUUAACAACUUCCGUACAAACUCGUUUGUGGGCACCGAGGAGUACAUUGCUCCUGAAGUGAUCAAGGGCUGUGGACACACGAGUGCCGUCGAUUGGUGGACACUCGGCAUUCUGAUCUACGAGAUGCUCUACGGCACAACGCCUUUCAAGGGCAAGAACCGGAACGCGACUUUCGCCAACAUCCUGAGGGACGAGGUGCCGUUCCCCGAAGGCUCGGGUGCACCACCCGUGUCCAACCUCUGCAAGUCACUCAUUCGCAAGCUCCUGAUCAAGGACGAGACGCGACGACUGGGGUCUCGUGCUGGUGCCUCUGACAUCAAGACUGCACCCUUCUUCCGCACCACAUCAUGGGCACUGUUGCGCCACUCGAAACCUCCCAUUAUUCCUCACCAGGGCCACGGAAUCGAGACACCCAACUUCAGGAACGUCAAGGAGAGCCAAAGCGUGGACAUUGGCGUGUCCAAGGUCAAGGGUGUGCCGCUGGACUCUGGCCUCGCCACACCCAUGGGCGAGAUUGCGGAUCCCUUUGAGGAAUUCAACAGCGUUACGCUGCACCACGACGGCGAUGACCACCAUGGGUCGACGGACCAAGUCCACCUCGCACAGCAGAACUCGGGCUCGCGGUAG